AUGCGGACAAUCUUCACCGCCGCUGCGAGGAAGGACGAGAACGCGACAACCUCUAACAAGCAGCAACAACAACAGCAAAAACAAGAAUGGCCGGAACCGAACUUAUGGGCGGAAUCGCACCCGAGAUAUCUCGUGAGCGAUUGGGACGACGACGACAACAAAGAAUGGGGCGAAGAGUUAUGCGCUGAACUCGACGACGAGGAAGACAAAGUAGAAAAACUGUUUUCUUCCGCCGCUGUCUCGGUGCCUGAAAAAGGAAAAGAGAAAGAACGACUCGCCGUUGCGCGAGAAGAUGGAAACGUAGAAGCAUCUGGAUCUAGAUCAUCAUCGUUGUCAUACUCAACGUCGACGACAAAGUCUGCGAUACGCGCGCCGAAACGGCCAAACAGCGAAGACUUAUCGAACGAGAUGUCGAGGGAAGAUUUUUGGAACGAAAUCAGAAAAGAAGCAGAAACAGAGGCUGCGAAAGAGCCAAUGCUGAGUUCUUUCUACUUUAGCUCUAUUUUGUCUCACGAUUGCUUGGAGAAAAGUUUGAGUUUUGCGCUCGCCAAUCGACUGUGCACGAAGACGUUGUUAUCGACGCAACUGAUUGAGAUUUUUAAUGAAGUUUUGUUGGCGAAAGAUAGCGAACAGCUGAGGAAUAACAUACGCAGAGACCUGGUCGCGGUACGCUCGAGAGAUCCUUCCUGUGGCUCGUACGUCCAAGCGUUGCUGUUAUUCAAAGGCUUUCACGCGAUUCAAGCGCACAGGAUUCAACAUUAUUUGUGGGAAAAAGGACAAAAGUCGUACGCGAGCAUGCUACAGUCGAGGAUCUCGGAAGCGUUAGGGGUUGACGUGCACCCGGCUGCAAAAUUUGGCGGAGGGAUUCUGAUGGACCACGCGACAGGUUGUGUCGUAGGCGAGACGGCUACCAUAGGUGACGACGUUUCCAUUCUUCAAGGGGUUACUCUGGGCGGUACCGGAAAAGAAGUUGGCGAUAGGCAUCCGAAGAUCCAAGAUAACGUAUUGAUUGGCGCACGAAGCACAAUUUUAGGAAACAUUGUAGUUGGAUCUGGUGCGAUGAUAGCGGCAGGUUCGUUAGUGUUGAAAGCAGUUCCGGCGAACGGUAUGGUUGCCGGAAAUCCAGCCAGAGUAGUCGGAAGAACGAAAGAUCGAAGACCGGCUUUGGUGAUGCGAACAAAAAUCGAAACCAGAGAAGACUCGAAAGAGUUUUGCGAGAUCUUUGCAAAAGCCGUGGUAGAAAAAGAUAAAUCGUUGAUGGCAGCGACGAUGAAGAUGGGACCAAAUUUAUCUUAUAGCUCAUCCUUGGACGAUGAACCGGGAAAAGUUGGUAAAAGUUCCAGCAGCGCGUUGAUUGAGAAGGCCUCCUCGCCGUUGUCUUCAGAAGAGCUGGUAAAACAAUUAGAUGAAAAGCGUCGACGAAGAUUGCGUGGCAAAUAG